CGAUGCCUGACGACGCUGGACCUGACCUCACUGGGCGUGGGCAGCUGUGUUGGCACCGGUAUGUAUCUGGUGGCCGGCAUGGUGGCGAGAAACUUCGCCGGCCCAGGGGUCAUCUUCUCCUUCAUCAUCGCCGCUAUCGCAUCGCUCUUCUCGGGCGUAUGCUACGCGGAGUUCGGCGUGCGGGUUCCGCACACAACGGGCUCUGCAUACAUGUACAGCUACGUGACGGUGGGCGAGUUCGUGGCCUUCGUGAUUGGCUGGAACAUGAUCCUCGAGUACCUGAUCGGCUCGGCGGCCGGUGCUUGCGCCAUCAGCGCCUGCAUCGACGCCAUGCUGGGAGGCGCCAUCAGCGAAGCCUUCCGGAACACCUUCGGAACCAUCAUUGGCCACACACCAGACCUGCUGGCCGGCAUCAUCACUGUGCUGAUGAGUGCGCUCAUGCUUGCCGGCGUCAAGAAGUCGCUGCUGUUCAACAAUAUUCUCAACUGCCUCAACUUUGCCGUGUGGGUGUUCAUCAUGGGUGCCGGACUCUUCUACAUCAAUACUGAUAACUGGACCAAGCACGGGGGAUUCCUUCCUUUUGGCUGGUCCGGGGUUAUGGCCGGCGCUGCAACGUGCUUCUACGCGUUCAUCGGCUUCGACAUCAUCGCCACGACGGGCGAGGAGGCGGAGAACCCCAAGGUUGCCAUACCCACGGCCAUCAUCCUCAGUCUGGCCAUCGUGCUCACCGCAUACAUCACCUCCAGCAUGAUGGUGACGCUCAUCGUGCCGUACAGCCAAAUCAACGCCGGCGCGGGCCUGGUGGAGAUGUUCGCGCAAAGAGGUGCCUACUCCUGCCACUACAUCGUGGCCCUCGGAGCGCUCGCGGGCCUUGUGGUCUCCAUGCUGGGCUCCAUGUUCCCCAUGCCACGCGUGGUGUACGCCAUGGCCAAGGACGGCCUCAUAUUCAGGGCCCUGUCCAAGGUGUGGCCAGUGACGGAGACGCCCGCGUUCGCCACUCUUCUGCUGGGUGGAGCCACUGCUGUCGUCUCCAUCGUCCUGAGCCUCGACGUCCUCGUCGAAAUGAUGUCCAUAGGCACGCUGAUGGCGUACACGCUGGUGUCGACGUGCGUGCUGCUGCUGCGGUACCAGCCGCGCACGAAAACCCUGGUGGAGCUGCUCCCUGAGUCGGUGCGCUCGCAGUGCCCUACGCCCAGCAGCGAGGCACCCCCGUCGAUGGUGCCCUCGCUUAGAGGACUGGGCCUGGGCUCUACGGGGCCACCCUUGGGCGCCUCCACCACCACCAUUCGCACCAAGAGGAGCAACCGCGUCCUGACGCCCGACAGCGACGACGACGAGCGGAGAG